CACAGAGCCCGCGGCACGGAUUCUCGAGCAAGAAACAACAUCCGAACGGGUCACAAGUCCACUGGCAUCACACGCGCGCGCACGAGCAUCGGAGUCAGUGGGAGCAUAAAAGGAGUUCAUUCGUGAGGACAUAAGACAAGUGUUCUGCCACCAUGUCGAAGCUUGAGUACACGCCAAUCGAGGAAAUCCCCAAGAUCCACGAACAACUUCGUCGGAGCUUCCGGUCUGGGAAGGCUAAACCCAUUGCGUAUCGCAAGGAACAGCUUCUCCAGCUUGCCUAUCUCGUUAAAGACAACAGACAGCGUUUCCGUGAUGCAUUCCUGGCCGACCUCGGGCGCCCCUCCGGAGAGGCUGAUCUGCUUGAAAUUGACCCCACUAUCGGCGAGAUAAUCGACGCAUACCAUGCCGUAGAGAAAUGGGCAGCGCCAGAGAAGGCCGCCUUCCACCACAUGUGGUUUGCCAUGUCUCCCCAUACGAGGAAGGAGCCAAAGGGGACCGUCCUCCUCAUCGCACCUUUCAAUUACCCCUUACUUCUCAUCAUGAACCCCCUCGCUGGCGCAAUUGCCGCGGGCUGUACUGCGGUGAUAAAACCCUCGGAGCUGACACCAGCCGUAAGCGGUUUACUGGCCGAACUACUGCCCAAGUAUGUGGACCAGGAUUGCUAUCGCCUCGUCAACGGUGCUCUACUUGGGCUCCAGUGGGACCACAUAUUCUACACCGGUAAUGGUCGCGUUGCCAAGAUAAUCAGCCAGGCGGCAGCACAAUAUCUCACGCCGGUUACUCUUGAGCUCGGCGGAAAGAGCCCUGUUGUCGUGAGCCCCGACUGUGACCUCAUGACGGGCGCAAGGAGGAUUCUAUGGGGCAAGGUCGCCAACGCAGGACAGACCUGCCUCGCACCAGACUACGUACUCGUCCCGCGAGAUUUCCAAGACGAUUUUAUAGCUGCUCUCAAGCGCGCGUAUAACGAGUUCUUCCCCACCGAGUCACCAAGCCCGACGAACAUGUCACGCGCCGUUACGGAGCAGCACACCCGGCGCAUCAAGCGGCUGUUGGACGAGACUCAGGGCGCGAUCGUCUUUGGAGGGCAAGUGGACAUCGAGAACCGUUUCAUACCACCCACUGUCGUGAAAGACGUCAAGGGAGAUGACGCGCUUAUGACUGAGGAGAUCUUCGGACCUGUCUUGCCCAUUGUGCCUGUUAGUGGUAUCGACGAGGCGAUUGAGUUCAUCAAUGCUCGGGAGCACCCACUGGCUGUUUAUGUGUUCACGCGAAACAAGGCGAUCAAAGCCAAAGUGUUUGACAAUACCCAAAGCGGAACAGCAGUUGCAAACGAGGUUGUGAUUCACAUGCGAGUGCAUGGCUUGCCCUUUGGAGGUAUCGGCCCCAGUGGAGCUGGAUACAGCACAGGGAAGUACUCAUUCGACACGUUCACACACUUUAGGGCCACUGUGGACAACCCCAGUUGGAUUGACACUCUUGUCAUGUCGGCUCGAUACCCGCCAUAUGGGAAUAAAAUCAAGAAGCUGAACAAGAUGCAGGCACAGCGCCUUCCGGCCAGGCCUGGGGCCCGUGUGAGCCCGUGGAGGAAGUUCAGGCUGUGGGUCGUGUUCGCUGUGCUCGCUCUGCUGACCAGGGAGGGUUGGCGACGGCUCAUUGCCCGUCACUGAUCGCCCGCGACGCCUUGAACCCCGGAAUUGAUCUGCUCCGGAUUGGCUUUGGACUGCCUGCGUGGAAGGGGCCUCAGCUGACAGCUGCGACACGCGUUAUGUGGGAGGCAUGUUCCGAGUGGUGUCAUGCAGACUGCGAUGCACGACUGCGGUCAGAGCCUGCGCAGAGCGGUUGGACGAAGGCGGUAGCUUGCUAGCAACGUUGCAAUAGCGUGUAAAGUAUCAGAUUGUGAUGCAUACAGAUAUAACAGCA